AUGUUAAGAUUGAUUCCGACGCCGCUACGCAGGGCCACCGUCGCAGGCUCUGUGCGCCGCCAGCACACAAUCCGGUCCACGCGGGCGCUGCUGGAGUUUAUCAACGGCCGGAUGGAUAAAAAUCGGCCAAAGGGACCGUCUUCGCAGACUCCAGAGAGUGUUUCUUCAAUACUCGUAUCGAAAUACUCCUCCUCGCCCUACUAUAGAAUAGGCCCCUCCCCGGCGUCGAGCUGCUCGGGAAGCAUCCAGGACACUCUACUGAGCUUGAAUCAAACUGCAGACAAUACAGAUUACCACAAGGACCUGCGAAAGCUGGCCGACGAGGAGUCUGUCCUGAGUCUGCUGCUUCAUUGCAUGAUUUCGGCAGUUGAUCCCCAGUACAAAAACGCGCCGGCUGAGAGUCUCGCGCUGUCUUUCUUGGGCAGAGUUGAUCCUGUUCCGCUGGUUGUGGAGUCGUCUGUUUUGGAAACAUUCAUGUUACGCCAACACUGGCGCGCUAUCAGCUCCAGUACGACGACGCGGAUCGCGUUCCAGCUGCUAAAACAGAAACUGAACCAGACAAAAGGCUGGAGUACUGCAGAUCUGCCCGAUAGCGAAGUUCUCAGCUGGAUAAACAGCAUAUUGGCGCCGGAUUUGUUCCGUUCUGUUUACGCUCUGAAAGAUGUGCCCAAAGUGCCUGUUUCGGUGAUAUACGACAUUCUGCUCCGCCAGCCGCAAAACAAGCAGGAGUUCUACUCGCUUGUGGAGCUUUACAAGCAUUGGGGCCAGGAAGUGGUUCUUCUGGACCAGGAAAAGUGGUGGUAUCGCAGCCAGUUGCAGGAACCUACAGAUCCCAUGUUUGACCGGAAACUGCUACUGCCGCCGGUCUUUUCAAAUCUCUACUUUUUUGCGCUACGCGAGAGCCCGGAAGCGCUGGAGAACAUACUGGACGUGUUCCUUUUGGGCAACUCAGCAGAGCUUGUGCCGCAAAUAAGAGAAAUUUUAUGGCACACCGCUCUCGACGUUUCUGGCGAGAAUAAUAGCUGGCCGUGCAAACACUACUAUCGCGCACAGUCGAAGCUGAUUGCGGCCAUCCACGCGGCGAACGAGAGCUCGGAAACCGACUUGGUGGAUUUCAACACCAUGCUUGUGGCGUCUGUGAUCUCGUACUUUGACGACCGCGACAAGGCAUACCAGCUAUUUAAGGCAGCACAGGCCAAAUUCGACAGAUGGCAGCUUGAUUCGUUUGACAUCGACGGAUUCGAGCGCGUCCUGAGCCAGCCACGGCCGGCACCAUCUCACACGAUCGAGGAACUGCGCCGGCUGCGCACAGACUUCAAUGUCAAGUCGCUCUGUACAUCCAUUCUUCUUCUGCACACUCAGGAUGACCCGUCCUGGGGCAGCGAGUUUGCCGACCAACUCAUCUCUCUUGUGUCAUCUCUAGACAGGAAGCUCACAGAACGGUACCCGGAAAUAUGGCUUUUCGUCAUGUACAAAAUCUUCACCACAAACGUGUCUCCCAACCGUCACCAGAAAAUCUGGAACCAUUUUGUUGCAAAAAAUAGUUUCCACGUGAACCAUAGAGCAGUGGACAUUCUCAUAGACAACAUACCGUCGCGUAGCAGCCUGGUGCGGCUUCUGGAGGCUGGCGAUUUUGCUUUGGACAACAUCAAUCUUGCGCACCUUGUCGCCAAGUUGUAUCUUCUCAGCAAGCUAUGUCUGCCUCCCAAAAAAUCUGGACCAGCUCGAGAAAAUAACCUAAUUGACCGCUACGAGCGUGAACAGGAUUCCAUAAUGGAGGAGCGCGCCAUUCGGCAGAAUCUGUCUAUUGGGGUUUUUGAGACACCCAUUGAGCUGGCACGGGCACUUUUCGAGCAGGACCACAGUUCCCGGCAAAUGGUAGCUAAGCACCUUUUGGGCGAGUGUCUGAUAGAUCCCGCCGGCGCACACACCAGAUAUCAACAAUUUCUUGCCGAGAAUAGCCCGCUGGCGCUGUCGUCGCUGUUUCUGGCGGCUCUAAGGCUCCGUGAGCUUGGGAGUUAUGAUUCCAUCUUUUGGGACGAUAAAACACCUCUAGAUUUUGCUAUACACGAAUUCAAGCUCAGAACCAACCAGGCGUACCAGGACAACCCAGAUCUCAUGUAUCCCACAGAGAACCUUCUGCUGGUAUAUAUUAAAGCCUUGGGAGAGUUUGAGAGGCGCGCCGAGCUGGCCUCUUUGAUAUGGGAACUGGUGGAUCUGCGGUUUCCAAUGACAGCCGAGCUGUUUGAAGCGUAUCUAUCCUACUUUACAAGAAACGACGCUAAACAGCUGAUCCACGGACUCGAAAAGUAUGCUGAAUACAGAGCGUCGCUGGCUGAAUCGCCGCGUUGA